AUGGCUUCCACCGCCCCCAGUGUGCAAUGCUUCGGCAAGAAGAAGACGGCCACCGCUGUCGCCCACUGCAAGCAAGGAAAGGGCCUGAUCAAGGUCAACGGCCAGCCCCUCUCUCUGGUCCAGCCUGAGAUCCUGCGCUUCAAGGUCUACGAGCCCCUCCUGAUCGUCGGCGCUGACAAGUUCGCCGGUGUCGACAUCCGCGUCCGCGUCACCGGUGGUGGUCACACCUCCCAGGUCUACGCCAUCCGUCAGGCCAUCGCCAAGUCCAUUGUCGCCUACUACCAGAAGUACGUCGACGAGCACUCCAAGAACCAGCUGAAGCAGGCGUUCGUCCAGUACGACCGCACCCUGCUCGUUGCCGACAACCGCCGGGCCGAGCCCAAGAAGUUCGGUGGUCGCGGUGCCCGUGCCCGUUACCAGAAGUCGUACCGUUAA